AAGAUUUUUCAAGCAAGAUGAAGUCCAUCAUCCUCUUUGUCCUUUCCCUGCUCCUUAUCUUGGAGAAGCAAGCAGCUGUGAUGGGACAAAAAGGUGGAUCAAAAGGCCAAUUACCAAGUGGAUCUUCCCAAUUUCCACAUGGACAAAAGGGCCAGCACUAUUUUGGACAAAAAGACCAACAACAUACUAAAUCCAAAGGCAGUUUUUCUAUUCAACACACAUAUCAUGUAGACGUCAAUGAUCACGACCGGACCCGAAAAAGUCAACAAUAUGAUUUGAAUGCCCUACAUAAGACGAGAAAAUCAAAACAACACCUAGGUGGAAGUCAAGAACUGCUCAAUUAUAAACAAGAAGGCAGAGACCAUGAUAAAUCAAAAGGUCAUUUUCAUAUGAUAGUUAUACAUCAUAAAGGAGGCAAAGCUCAUCGUGGGACACAAAAUCCUUCUCAAGAUCAGGGGAAUAGCCCAUCUGGAAAGGGAAUAUCCAGUCAAUAUUCAAACACAGAAAAAAGGCUAUGGGUUCAUGGACUAAGUAAAGAACAAGCUUCAGCCUCUGGUGCACAAAAAGGUAGAACACAAGGCAGAUCCCAAAGCAGUUAUGUUCUCCAAACUGAAGAGCUAGUAGCUAACAAACAACGUGAGACUCAAAAUUCUCAUCAAAAUAAAGGGCAUUACCAAAAUGUGGUUGAAGUGAGAGAGAAACAUUCAAGUAAACUACAAACUUCACUCCGUCCUGCAUAUCAAGACAGACUCCAACAUGGACCCAAAGACAUUUUUACUACCCAAGGUGAGCUCCUAGUAUAUGACAAAAAUCAACACCAGACAAAAAAUCUCAAUCAAGAUCAAGAGCAUGGCCGGAAAGCACAUAAAAUAUCAUACCAGUCUUCACAUACAGAAGAAAGACAACUUAACCAUGGAGAAAAGAGUGUGCAGAAAGACAUAUCCAAAGGCAGAAUUUCUAUCCAAACUGAAGAGAAAAUACAUGGCAAGUCUCAAAACCAGGUAACAAUUCAUAGUCAAGAUCAAGAGCAUGGCCAUAAGGAAAAUAAAAUGUCAUACCAAUCUUCAAGUACAGAAGAAAGACACCUCAACUGUGGAGAAAAGGGCAUCCAGAAAAGUGUAUCCAAAGGCAGUAUUUCGAUCCAAACUGAAGAGCAAAUACAUGGCAAGUCUCAAAACCAGGUAAGAAUUCCUAGUCAAGCUCAAGAGUAUGGCCAUAAGGAAAAUAAAAUAUCAUACCAAUCUUCAAGUACAGAAGAAAGACAUCUCAACAGUGGAGAAAAGAACAUACAGAAAGGUGUAUCCAAAGGCAGCAUUUCUAUCCAAACUGAAGAGAAAAUACAUGGCAAGUCUCAAGACCAGGUAACAAUUCCUAGUCAAGAUCAAGAGCAUGGCCAUAAGGAAAAUAAAAUGUCAUACCAAUCUUCAAGUACAGAAGAAAGACGACUCAACUAUGGAGGAAAGAACACGCAGAAAGAUGUAUCCCAAAGCAGUAUUUCUUUCCAAACUGAAAAGCUAGUAGAAGGCAAGUCUCAAAUCCAGACACCAAAUCCUAAUCAAGAUCAAUGGUCUGGCCAAAAUGCAAAAGGAAAGUCUCGUCAAUCUGCAGAUAGAGAACAAGACCUACUCAGUCAUGAACAAAAAGGCAGAUACCAACAGGAAUCCAGUGAGGCACGUAAUAUUGUAAUUACAGAGCACGAAGUUGCCCGUGAUGAUCAUUUGACACAACAAUAUAAUGAAGACAGAAAUCCAAUAUCUACAUAGCCCUAUUGCUUAGCAACCACUUGAAAAGCUGGACCAAUAGCAAGGUGUCACCUGACCUCAGUGAAGUCUUUGAUGUUUCUGAGAUGCAGCCUCCCAUGUGGUCCCAGAUCCUUGGUCUAUGGAUGACACCACCUUCCCAUGCUUCCUUGCAUUAGGCUUUCUAAACCUGGAGCCCUUUCAAACUUCCAAUAAAGGGAUCAUUUUCUGCUUUA